UGCUCUUCUUCUUCCCGCUGCAGCCACCCGAAGAGAAAAAAAAAAAAAAGGGAAACCCAGCCAUACCUUGGAAAAUUGGUAAGGAAGCUUGGUAUUUUCCCCUUCCUUUCUUGUUCUAGAACCCAUAAAGAACCCAGAAAUUUCCCCUCCCUCUCUGCAGAAACCGGAUCUGCUCUACUUUGCUCUGUCCGCCGGCUGCUCUUGUUGUGGGGGCGAAUUGCUUGGGUUUUGGGUUUUGGGUAGUUCCGUGAGCUUCCCCCUACAGAUCCCGCCAGCCUUCCCCAAUCUGCUAGCUCCGGUUCCUUGCUUGUAAAUUCUGGUUCUCGAUCGUUCUAUCAGUUUAGUACGUGAAUUGAGUGCUCGGUUUUAUGCAAGUGAGGUAAGUAAAUUUAUGGUAAUGUCCGUACUGUUUUAAAAGCAUGUUUUGAUUUGUUUUUGAAGUGGUGGCGGGACUAAACCCGUUUUACACAAGUAUGACUAAUUUGAAGUGAAAUGUUUUGUGCUUUUCAUGAAAUUGAGCAUGCCUACUUGAAAUUUAAGUGACUGUCCUGAUGAUCUGAAAGUGAUUGUGAAUUGUGAUUUUCCUGUUAAGUUCUGCCUGUUUUGUCUCCGAUGUGGUCAUGUUAUUUGUGACCCUGCUGGUGGGGGAGGUUAUAAACGCUAGCACAUGUCGACAUGUAGUGAUAGAGCCGGUUCGUUCAACCCAGCUAGUGGGGGUUAUACGCCAGCAAAUCGUGGCCCUGCUAGUGGGGAUUAUACACUGGCCAUGACCUAUAGAGGAGACGUCUAUUUCGUGCCCGUACUGUAUCCGUUUUCGUGAUUGUACUUGUUGGCAUGCUAUAUGUUUAAAUAAGGGGCACUCCAUAUUUACUUACUGAGUUUAUCUCAUAGUUUUUCCUUGUCCACCAUUUCAGGAAGUGAAACCGAGGACGGGGAAACCACGGGAAGUGACGAGUUAGAAGGCUAGCCAUAUUGUAAUUGGAUAUAAAUUUUAGAUAU